AUGAGAGUGAGUAAGGAUCGUAGAGAUAGGAAGGACGAGUACACGGAGGGCGGUGGUGCGAAUGAGCCGGAGCUGUAUCAGGUAUACAAAGGUAGAGUAACGAGGGUAAUGGACGCUGGAUGUUUCGUUCAAUUCGAUAGAUUUAGAGGGAAAGAAGGUCUAGUCCAUGUUUCUCAGAUGGCUACUAGAAGAGUUGACAAGGCAAAAGAUUUUGUGAAGCGUGAUAUGGAGGUUUACGUCAAAGUGAUAUCUAUUUCGAAUGAUAAGUAUAGCCUUUCUAUGAGAGAUGUUGAUCAGAAUGGCACAGAUUUGAUCCCUCUGAAGAAGCCUACAGAGGAUGAUUCAUCCAGGAGUAAUCCGUCGUAUAGAACAAGGGAUGGACAAGUCACCAAGACUGGGAUUUCGGGGAUCCGUAUCGUGGAGGAGAGUGAUGUUGCCGUUCACAGUGAGUUUCCAAAUUAUGAUGAGGACGAAGGUGGGAUGCUUUAUCAAGAGGAAGGUGCUGAAGAAGAAGAACUUGAGAUUGAGAUGAACGAAGACGAACCUGCUUCUUGCAAGGGCAGACCAGGUACUCUGUUGACAUGUCUCCGGUGA